AUGUCAAAUGUCGAUACGCUUUUGAACAAGCAUGCAUCAAGGUAUUUUUUAGCCAAAGGAUUUCAGUAUGUCAUAGAUGAAGUUGCCAAGGACUUGUCAUUGUUGAGUUCGCAGCUUGCUCAGGAAAAGGGGAAAGUAUCAUUUCUCAAAUCUUCGCUUGAAUGCGAAUCGCAGUACGGUUUUGAGAUGCUCUUUGAAGAGGAGUUUUCCAGUGAUAGCCGCUAUAAUAGUGAUACCAAUAAUGAUUUCAUCUCGUCUAUAGCCGUUAUCGACAAUAUCUUAUGUGGACAUCACCCAGAUGCAUUCAAGUUUCCCUCGCUUUCAACUUCCAAGUUGGUUGCAUCUGCUUUGUCCGAUACAAUAACCACGCCAACGCUAAUAACAAGAUUAGAGGUGAAAUUGAAGAUGUUUCAGAUUUUUCAACAGAUUAUAGAGCUGCAUCCAUCGUUAAAGUUGGUAGUUGACGGCGAUAUUUGGAAAAAUGUUUUGAUAUACAUUGCGGAAUUUCUUACUGCUGUAAAAAGUCGAUAUUUUCAAGUUAUCGGCUCGUUGGUAGAUGAUACGGUUGGCUUGCUCAAACAGGGUUUUGAGGGAGAUGUGCCUCUUGAAUCGUUUGUCGAGCAUUUUAACAACUACCUAAAGUUCAGCUUGAGAGUAACAGUUGCUGGACUUUCACAGUUGCGAACUGCAAACGUGGACCUUGUGGAUCAAUUAAGGGAAAGGGCCAAUAAUUUAAUGUCGUAUCUGUCUUUUGCACAAGCAAUAAAGAUAUAUACUGAGGCUUUGGCUAUUAGCCCCAAGAUGAGUAGACAGCAAGAUGUUCAAUUACUCACAAAUAGAGCCAUUGCAUUUAUUGGGCUCAACUGUAUUCCUGAAGCAAUUGAUGACUUGAACCUUGCAAUUAGUUUGGAUCGCACUUUUACUCCAGCUUGGACGCAAUUGGGAUAUUGUCAUUUAUAUAUGGGGGAUGGCUUGCUAGCCUUGGAGUGUUAUCUUUUGGCACUAAAAUCAUCUGUGGGAGAGGUGUUACCAUUGAGCUAUUCUUUCCAAGAUCCUUCCGUUAGGGAAGAGUACAGGUCUUUGAAGGUUAAAACAAUAUUACCCCAGUUCAUUGAAAGGCUAAGUGCCGCGAUAGCAUUAACGGAAAAGCGAUCUUAUCAGCAACAUAUUCCUGAGGACAAGAUCAAGAAAGCUGUAAGUGAGGUGAGGAAAAUUUUGGCACAUUUAAGAGCUGUGAGACUGGAAGAAGACCGUGAGCAUUUUACAUAUACACCCGUAUACAGGGACUCUUCAUUGAGGAAUCUCUCUGAGCGGAUAAAUGUCACUCGACCAAAUAUACUAACGCCCGAGGUAUCCCAGGGCAUUCUUGCAAGAAACGGGAUGGAGGCCACUACCAUUACACUGAUAGAAAGCAGACACCCCAACGAAGGGAAUAACAAUGCCAGUGCCAGUGUCAAUAUCAAUGGCAAUAAUAAUAAUAAUAACAAUAACAAUAAUACCAAUAGUAGGAUAGGGGAAGGAACAGGUCCCGAGGUGAAUGUAGAGACUGUUUUUGCCGUGAACCCUACCGGAGAUUAUCUGGGCACAUUUUCUGUCGGAGAACUUUUAAACAGAUUUGGAGAAAGUGUUAACAGAGCUAGAGCGUUUGGUGAACAGGACCAAAACGGGGCAAGGAGCUCAAACAAUGCCAGUUCAGGCGCAAAUCUGGAAUCAUCUAGAAGAACUAAUGCAACAAACCGUACAUUCAAUUCUGCCACACAAGCACAAGCUUCACGAGAUCCAACAAACAGUACAAGAUUGGUGCUGGAUGUUCUUUUACAAGGUUUAGGGAGUGUGAUACCUCCAGGAUUAUUAAGUACGAUUGAGCGGGUUACUCAGGGUGCAAUGAAUGGUACUGAUGGUACAAACUUUAGAGUUUUUCGCAAUACACCAGACGCAAACAUUCAAACACAAGGGGCAUCUCAAACUCAAACCCACCCAGAACGGACCAAUAGUGCACAAGAGUCUGAAAGAGCUGAAGAUGAACCUUCUUUAGAGAACGUAUCUCCAGAUCUAGACUAA